UGCAUUAACUAUGAGCGCCUUGAAGAGGUACCAGCCUUAAAAAAAAUCAUACGCCAUGUCCGUUCUUUGGAAACUCCCUCUCGUAAGCAAAACAUAUGUAGUGGUCGCUGUGCCGCAUUUCCGGAAAUAAGUACAGUUUUUAGAAGUACUUAAGAACUGUAUAGUAGGAAGGCGAUAUUUAUGUAUAGAAGGAAGGCGAUAUUUGUGUAUAGAAGGAGUUUGGAGAAUUUUAUUGGUUUCACCAGUCGUAAGGGCUUUAGUUGUUGAACUGUACAGGGAAACAGUAGCGGUUUUAUCACUUUUAGUUGGUGACCAGUACAGUGAAACGGAUAUGAAAGACAUAAGCUACGGUGUGUGGCUGCUUUCACUGGUAUACAGCAGCGUUGUAAGGGGCACGAAUGAUUAUUUCGGUGAUGACAAAAGUGAGCUUGAUGAAGCUGUUCUUCCUCCUCCAACAAAUAUUUCAGUGGAUUCUUUCAACUUCAACACUACUGUGCAGUGGGAUUGGAAAUCCAGUAAAAUCUCUGGUACACCACUCUUCACAGUUUUUAUAAAAUCUAUAAGGCAUUCAUUCUGGGAAAAAUUUCCAUUUUGCAUCAGGAUUCGUGAGCAUCAUUGUGAUGUGUCAGAAUUUGUUGACGACCUUGAUGACUGCUACUUUUUUGGAAUUAAAGCAGAAGUUGAUUCCAUGACUUCUAAGUUAGCUGAAUAUUCAGAGUUCUACCUUCAAAAUUAUGGAAAAAUUGGACCUCCCAAAUUGAAUGUCAAAAUUAAUGGGCCAAAUGUUUCCAUUGUAAUUUACCAUCCACUUAGUGCAAUAUUCGAUGAUAUGCAGCAGCUGUCGGUCAAUGAUUUAAUUGGAGACUACAGUUACAGUCUUUUCUUUGGGGAGAAUGGGAGUCUGCCAGAGGAAUUCAUAGUUGAAAACUGUGGCAACCAGUCUUGUAGUAUAACUAAGACUGUCCCAAAGAUAGGUGCCAAUUACUGUGCGUCAGCAGAAGGGAAGUCCGAUCGUUAUGGCAUCAAAGGAAUGAAAUCAGAAGAGCUUUGCUUUUAUGUUGCACCUUUUAAAGACGAACCAAAAACAGAUCGCAGAGUAGAAACAAUCGUCAUAGCAAUUAUUGCCAUUGGUACCGGUAUUGUCUGUCUUGUCACAGCCAUAGGAAUAACUAAGUUACUACAAGAGAAGCAUAUAUGGUUACCAAAGUCACUGGUCAGUGUUAUGAGAAACGUUUCCAUAUAUCAAGUUAAUGGAUCGAGGCCUGAUGGUUUCUUAUCAGCUGUGACAAUGGGGCAAUCUUCUGACAAAUUUGAUGAAAGCAGCCCUUUCUAUGGAGGUGAAUCACCAGAUCCUGAAAAUGAAGAUAGUGAAGUGAAGAAAACUGUUGCCCCAGUGGAAACAAGUAUCAUUACUGAGAUAGUUGGUACUACUGAAGAAUAUAAUAUAAAUUCGGGACACUUCUCUGUAGAAUCUGGCCGUUACAGUUCUGAAUCUGGCCCUUACAGUUCUGAAAUUAGCGUAGUAGAAACGAGUGAAAAUAACAAUUCUUGGCAAAGUGUUAAUGAUCCUUGUAUUCCUGUUCGGACUUCUGAUUAUGAUAGAGCUCAUGUUCCCAUACAGCUUUUAAUAGAAACUUCUACCACAGACACAGUUAUUGGUUACAAGUUGACACAAACUAAUACUAACCAAAGUGCUUCUGCAGAAAGUUGAAUUAUGAUACUAGUACUUACACUGCUAUGACUCUCUCUUCAUGGCUAUAUUGAGCCAAGUAUGGAAACGUGGAGGCAGUUCCUUCUCUUUUUUGAAGGCUGUUAGAAAGACUUAAUAGAAAUGUUGUGAAGUUAAAUCAGCAAUUUAAAGGUUCAGGCAUAUCCUUGAUGAUUUCAUCAGUAUGUCUGUAUUGUUAGAACUACACAUUUCAUCUAAGAUGUUAUCCAUUGUAAUAAGGUUGGAUGACCCGUUUCCUAAUGAGCUAUGCAUUAGUCAUACACACCAUGAUCCUUGUAUCUUAUGUAAUCUAAUUUAGUGAUGCAAAACUUGUAUUAGUACCAACUUAAUAUCAUCAGGAUUGUGCUAUUCAGCCUGUAGUCCAUUUUGUAAUGUAGAUUGUUGCAUUAUUGAAUGAAUUGCAAAGGGUUAUUGAGACCCAAAAAAUGAAUGCAGCCAUACAGCGUCGUGUAACAGUAGCUUGCUUUCUCUGCAUUCCUUUUAGCAGAACGCCAUUUGGGAAGACCAGUUCUUCCUUGUCUUGUGAAUAUUACCUGUGAUGUCCCCUCCUGCGAGCUAGUAAUCAAGGAGCCUGAAUCCUCCAUACUGACACUGGUGAGGGACAUUCACUUGGAAGAAAAAUAGAUACACUCAGGAUUUCCAUAUGCAGCUCUCUGCAUCAAGCACA